AACUCACAGAGCAUCUGUGUUGGCGGAUUUCACUCUGCUGCGUGGACAAAAACACACAACUCUACAUCAAGUUUCUACGAACUGGUCCAGGCCGCUUUAUGAACCCAUCAUGACGUUCAGGAGGCUGAAGAAAGUGAACUCCAGUGGACCAGAGAGUGGACCAACAAACCAAGACAACGACAUUUAUUUCCCUUCGUCCAAGUCGGACAGCUGCAGGACUGUGGACCUAAACACAAACUCCUCUGAGGUUUACAACUACAAAACUUUGGCUUAUUCUGGUGGGACACUGCCGAGGAACUUCAAGAAGGGCGGUGGGCUCCAGAAGUGGAAACCCCUCACACAAACGCCAGAACCACAAAGGAAGGUAGUCGUCCUAGAGAAAAAAGAAGAGGAGUCAUUCGGUUUCGAGAUCCAGACUUACGGCCUGCACCAUCAGGACCAAAACUCGGUGGAGAUGUGUACCUUUGUGUGUAAAGUGCAUGACGACAGCCCGGCUCAGUUAGCUGGACUCAAAGUUGGAGACACCAUCGCCAGUGUGAAUGAGGCCACCGUGGAGGGAUUUCGGCACAAGGAGAUCGUUCAGCUCAUCAGGGCCUGUGGCAACUCACUGAGGCUUGAGACGGUUUACAGUGACUCAAUCCGUAAAGCAGAGCUGGAGGCCCGACUGCAGUAUCUGAAGCAAACCCUUCAUGAGAAAUGGGAUGAAUAUCGCUCGCUGAUGGUGCAGGAGCAGAGGCUUGUUCAUGGCAUAGUAAUGAGUGAUGCUGCAGUGUAUGAGUCCUUGGAGUCUGCAGGUGUGUACGGCAGCCUCGGCACUCCCAGUCCUGCUGUUCAGAGAGCUCUACGUGGCACCGGCGGCACCGGCAGCACCAGCAGCAGCGCCAGUUUCCUCAGCACAGCCACCGAGGAUGACCCCCUGUACCAGACCUGUCUGUACCAGGCGGACGGCAGCGCAGACUCUGUCAGCAGCAGCACAGACAAAAUCAAACAGCCCCCGCAGAGGCAGCAGCGUCUCCGACCGGCCAGCGAGCUCUUCACCACGGCCAAAACCCACCUGACCCGCAGCGCCAGCACUCGCAGCUACAUGAGGGGGGGGUCGACAUCUGAAUCGGGGGAGAAGCAGGGAGGAUUCAGCUCUCUACAGAGGAAGCCAAAACAAAAGAGCUUCCGCAGGCGGCUCCUCAAAUUCAUCCCUGGCUUGAAUCGACCGCUGGAAGAGGAGGAGAGCAAGCUUUGAGCAGCAAAUGGAGCUGCUUGUCUCCAGUUCAGACCCAAAGACUCAAAGCACCACUGACUUUAGAGAAACACAGCAGGCAGCCCAAAGACUGAGACCAAAGUGUAAUGGCUCUACAACAGGUAGACCAAUGGACAUUUGGCUGCGUUUAGUGGCCUUCAGCGUUUCUCAGAUGUACAUAACUUUUGUUUUGUACUUUAAGUUAUUUAUUUAUUUUAAUUGGUUGAUGUACAGAAUGAAGGACUUAACUUUUUACUGCAUGCACCGACAACUGAAUACAUGGUCCAUUAUUACUGUGAUUCUGCAAAGCAACAUUUUGUAAGUUUGAUACCUACUUUAGUUACUCAGAUUGUCCUGUUUUAUUUUUAUUUUUUUUUGCCAAAGUUUCUAAAAAUAAAAAAUGUGGCAUUUUCAAA